CCAUCGUACAAUCUCUUUCCCUAAAGUAGGAAUUUUGAAAUCUGUGGCCCUCGCUUCUCUUGUGCUUUGUUUCUUCUUCGCAGUCGCUUCCUUCCUGUGCUGCCGGACGUACAGCUCCACGGUGGGGUUGGUGAAAUGGCAAAGAAGCCCAAAGAGCCAGACAGCAGCAAUGGCAAUAGCGCGAAGGGCAGUGGUGAUCCCAAUUCUAGUUCGUCCAGCGUUUUCAAAACCUUGUUCGGAGAUGUUGCCGAACAUCACGCCUCUGCAUCCAUAUUCUCCGACGACAAUCCGUUCCGGAGAAAACCUAGUGAUCGUUCUCAAACACCCCAUCAACAGGGAGGGUUAAGGUUAGGGUCUGGUUCAGCUGAAGGCGUCGGGAAGACCACUCAUGCUGACCACGAAAGCGCCGAUUUGUUUGAGGCAAAGAAGAGGAAGAGGAUCAAAGAGAAGAAAGCCAGUCCCAAUUCGGAUUUGGUAGACGAAACUUCAGUGACCCCUUUGCAGAGAAAGAAGAAAUCAAAGAAGGAGGAACCAAAAAGCUCCAAUUUUGGUGCCGAAUCGGGGGAGGAAGGUGCAGCGAAAAACGGUGAUAUUGGUCUCGAUUCCAAGGAAUCUAAGAAAGAAGGAAAAGGAAGAAAACAUAACUUGAGUACAGGUUUGAUAGAAGCGUCGGAAAUAGGUAAAGGAGAAGACCCUAAUUUGGAGGUGGAGGCAGCGAAGGACCGGGAUGUGGGUAUGGAUCAGGCAAAAGGGGCGGAGAAGAAGAAAAAGAAGAGGAAGAGGGAUGAGCUUGAGGCAGCAUAUGAGGCGAGACAUUAUGAUGUUGCAGUGACUCAUGAGGAAGGGGGAGAGGGUGGAAUGGGAGGGAAAACUGUGGGGAAGAAGAGGAAAAAGGUUGAUGAUCAGGUGGAUAUGGUGGUUCCAAAGGAAGGUUUUGAUGAUGAGGCUAAGCUCUUGAGGACUGUGUUUGUUGGGAAUUUACCGCUGAAAGUUAAGAAGAAGUCUUUGUUUAAGGAAUUUAGCCAGUAUGGAGAGAUCGAGUCUGUGAGAAUUCGGUCCGUCCCUAUAUUGGAUACAAAGAAACCAAGAAAAUGUGCUAUAAUUCAGAAGAAAAUCAAUGAUGCGGUUGAUAGUGUUCAUGCCUACAUUGUUUUUAAAACAGAAGAAGCUGCUCAGGCUUCUUUGGGCCAUAAUAUGGCUGUGGUUGGAGGAAAUCACAUCCGUGUUGACAGGGCAUGCCCACCACGUAAGAAAUUGAAGGGAGAGAAUAUUCCACUUUAUGAUAACAAAAGAACUAUUUUUGUGGGUAACCUCCCAUUUGAUGUGAAGGAUGAAGAAAUAUAUCAGCUUUUUUCUGGUAUCAAAGAUCUAGAAUCCAACAUUGAGGCCAUUCGGGUUAUCAGAGAUCCUGGUACUAGUUUGGGGAAGGGCAUUGCUUUUAUCUUGUUUAAAACAAGGGGUGCUGCAAACUUGGUUGCCAAAAAGCACAGCUUGAAGCUUCGAGAUCGUGAACUACGGGUCUGUCAUGCCAGAUCAAACAACACACCAUCUAAAAGGAAAAACGUAUCAUCCAAAGAUGGAAAUGACUUGCCAACCAAGAGGUUAGCUGUGGACUCCAGGACUCCAGAUAAUAGUAACAGCAAGGUGAAAACAAGAGCUGCUAACUCUUACCAGGGCCUGCGAGCUAGUAAAUCCGGUGUCCAGAAGAAAGUUCAACCAAGAGCCUUUGAGUCGGCAAAGUUGAAAUCCAGGACCCAGAGCGGGGAGAAAAGGAAAGAGCGGAAGAGCAAGAGACCUGCAGUGUCUGCCCGAAAGGCAAAUGUACUGAAGGGCAGUGGGGCUUCGAAACAAACCGGGAAAAAGCGCAAGCUGGAAAGCCGGACCCCGGAGAAUGCCCGCCCAAAGAAGAAAACAAGGAAAUUUAGGUAGGAUUUAUGCGGGAAUCAUGCUAUAAAAAGACCUUUAGACAGGGUAGUGGCUCGUGUAAACUCGUUGCACUGCCGUGGGGACUAAGCAUAUCAAUAGCUGGCCACUUGGUUGUAUUAUGUUUUUUUAUGAAUUACACUUAAAAGUCUGUUUAAUCUUCAAUAGAAAAGGGAGAAUUUUAUGGA